UUGGCUUAAAAUAUAUAUGUCCCUUAUUUUCCUUCUUGUGUUCAACGCUCAAAGAACCAAUUCCAUCUUAAGCUAUACCUUCUUUUGUCACUUCCUAUUGUUGCUAUAAGGCGAUUAACACUAUGAUAUCAUUUUUCAUCUUAUAACUCAAUUAUAUUUAAAUAAUCUUUUAGAUGAAUUAUUACCUUUUUCCUUCUUGUCAUAGAUAUUGGUGUUAAUGUCUUUGUGAGCUUCUAAAAUCUCAUAAACCAUGGAGUUGAAGAACCAAAAUUCAAGAUAUAAGAGACUAUUGAAUUGGUUCACCACUAAGCAAAAGGAAAAUUCAAAAAAUAUUUCUCUUCAGUCAUUGGAAUUUGAUUCAUGCAUUUCAACAAACAAUUUAAGAAUCUUUGUAGGUACUUGGAAUGUUGCUGGAAGAUCUCCUAUAGGAAGUUUAGCUGUUGAUUUGGAUGAGUGGUUGAAUCUCAAGAAUUCUGCAGAUAUAUACGUUCUUGGGUUUCAAGAGAUAGUACCUUUGAAGACAUUAACAGUUAUAGGAGCAGAGGAUUCAUCUGUAGCAACAAAUUGGAACAAUCUCAUAGGAAGAACACUAUCAUAUAAUGAAAACUCUCACCAAGAUAUUGGAGAAAGCAACAAGAAAAAGUACAAGAUGGUAGCAAGUAAAAAGAUGGUUGGAGUAUUCAUAAGUGUGUGGUUAAGAGAACAAGUCUUGGAAAAAUAUAGUGUUUCAAAUGUGAGAGUUUGUUCCGUUGCAUGUGGUGUUAUGGGUUAUUUAGGAAACAAAGGUUGUGUGGCAGUUAGUAUGUUGAUUGAAGGGACAAGUUUUUGUUUUGUUGUAGCACAUUUAGCUUCUGGAGAAAAGAAAGGUGAUGAAGGUAGAAGAAAUCAUCAAGUUGAUGAGAUUUUUAGGAGAACAUCUUUUCCUAGAACAUCAAAACAUCAUCAAAAUCCUCUAACAAUCUUAAGCCAUGAUCGCAUAUUUUGGUUUGGGGAUUUGAACUAUAGACUAUACUUGAAAGACCAUCUUGCUAGACAUUUAAUAAGAAAACAAGAUUGGAAGGGUUUGCAAGAGUUUGAUCAACUUCAAAAAGAGUUAGAAGAAGGAGGAGUUUUUGAGGGUUGGAAAGAAGGUAACAUUGAAUUUGCUCCAACAUAUAAAUAUGCAUCUUCAACUAGCAAUAUCUAUUGUGGGGGUGGCCUUCCAAGUAGGUCAGGGGAAAAACAAAGAACACCAGCAUGGUGUGAUAGAAUUCUAUGGUAUGGUAAAGGAGUUGAGCAACUUCAUUAUAUUAGAAGUGAAAGCAAAUUCUCUGAUCAUCGUCCUGUUUCAGCACUUUUCUCAACACAAAUUGAAAUCAAAUCAUCCACUAGAGGACUUGUGGAACUGGAACAUGAGUCUUCAACAAUUUUGUAUCCUAAUCAUGUCGUGAUUAAAGGAAAAGAAGACGAAAACUCAACCUCAUUGUCAUUGUUAAUGAAGAAUGUACAAGGUUAAUAAUACAAGCAAAUAAUAUUUAGAUUAUAACUAAGGAUGAUAAAUGUUUCCUGGUUAUGGUAAUUAGGAAAGUGACAAAUAAUUGCUUCUCUAAAAAGCCAAUGAUUUUUAUUUUUGUGGAGAUCAAGAAUUGUAGGAAGGUUAAGGUUAGACUCCAAAAUGUGGUUAAUACAAUGUUCAAAAUCAAGAUUAAUCUAAUAAUAAUAUAAAAGAUUUAAUGGAUA